AUGCAGACAUCCGGGCCCUUUCAGCCGCUGCGCCCGCCCUCCCCCAGUGAAUUGGGAGCUCCGCGAGCCGCCAAGCAGUACGGGCGAGGCAGGAGAUGGGCGCGCUGGGUGGUCGUCACUUGCGUCGCCGGCGGCGCAGUCUACCUCGUCGACCGCCAGGUUUACGCCUCGGGCUUCGCUCGUACCCUUCGGACCUUUGGCACCACGCUCCUCGUCGCCAUCGACUACAAGGUCAACUUCCGACCGGAGCCUCUGACGGCCGGCUCGGUUCCGGACCUGCACUCGCGCAAUGCCGAGCGGCUCUUCGAGCUGCUGCGGGCAAACGGCGGCCUGUACCUCAAGAUCGGACAGGCCAUCGCGAUGCAGAGCGCCGUGCUGCCGCCCGAGUUUCAGAAAAUGUUCGGACGUAUGUUUGACGACGCGCCCCAGGACGACUGGAAGGACGUCGAAAAGGUGAUACGGCAAGACUUUGGCAAGAGCGUCGAGGAGGUCUUCGGCGUCAGCUUCACCGGGGAAGACGGCAAGGGCUUGAUGGAGCGCAAGGCCAGGGCGAGCGCAAGUGUUGCGCAAGUGCACUGGGCCCGGCUGCCCGAUGGCAGAGAGGUGGCCAUCAAGAUCCAGAAGAGGGAGAUUGCCAAGCAGAUCUCGUGGGACCUGUGGGCAUUCAAGACUGUGGCGUGGAUCUACUCCAAAUGGUUCGACAUUCCAUUUUACACCCUCGUACCGUACAUUGCCGAGCGGUUGGAGCUGGAGACGGAUUUCGUAAACGAGGCCAAGAACUCGGAGAGGAUGAGGGACCUGGUAAAUGCGGAAAAGAGCCUCAAGGGGCGCGUAUACAUCCCCACAGUGCACCCAGAGCUCACGACAAGGAGGGUUCUCACCACCGAGUGGAUAGAGGGCGUCCGGCUGUGGGACAAGGCGGCCAUGACUUCUCGAUGGCUCGGGGGACACGGCAAGGGCUCACCCGGCGCCAAGAGCCCGCUGCCGCCCAUUGACGUGGAAGCGGUGCGGCGCGAGCUGCGGACAAGACGGCCCAAGGAGAAGCUCAAGCCGGAGAGGCAGGAGUGGAAGGGCGCACGCGGCCGGGGCGGUCUCGGACUGUCGACCAAGGAAGUCAUGACAACCAUGGUCGACCUCUUCUCGGCCCAGAUAUUCAAAUGGGGAGUCGUCCACUGCGAUCCGCAUCCGGGAAACAUCUUUAUCCGGCGGCUGCCCAACGGCAGGGCGGAGCUGGUGCUCAUCGACCACGGGCUCUACGUGUACAUGUCACCCAAGUUUCGACACCAGUAUGACACGUUUUGGAAGGCGCUCAUGACGUUUGACAACAAGACGAUUGGCAAGGUGACGGAGGAAUGGGGCAUCAAGGGGGCGGACCUCUUUGCCAGCGCGACGCUGAUGCGGCCGUACGAGGGGGGUGAUUCGUCGACGCGAUCCGAGGUGAUGAAGGACCUCGAGGGCAAGACGGCGGCGGAGCGACAUUACGCCAUGCAGCAGCGGAUGAAGCAGGGGAUCCGCGACAUGCUAGCGGACGAGGAGAAGUGGCCCAAGGAGCUCAUCUUCAUCGGGCGGAACAUGCGGAUUGUGCAGGGCAACAACCAGUAUCUCGGGUCGCCGGUGAAUCGGGUCAAGAUGAUGGGGGAAUGGGCGAGCCGAAGCCUGUUCGAGGACCCGAAGCUGCCGUGGCAGCAGCGGCUGGGGAACGCGUGGCGGCACGUGCUGUUCAAGGCGGUCAUGACGGCGACGGACGUGGCCUUUUACUUUUACAAGGCGCGGCAGUGGCUGGGACUCGGGGGCGGGAUGGAAGACGCCAUGGAGCAGCGGAUGAAGGACGUGGCGCAGGAUUACGGCAUCAAGCUGCAGCACGACGUGUUCGACGGCUAG